CGAAGAGAAUGCUUAUACAUUUAGUGGGAACCCGUGGAACAUAACAGAGCAGAAGUUGAAUUACGUAAUAAUUCCAUAGCUCGGCGGUGUUCGAGAAAAUAUUACUCAGUGUUUCGUUAAACUCAGUGCUGAAUUCUCAUUUGAAAUUGCUAAGAUGUCUUGGCCACUGUUCGAGGCCGCUGGACUUCUAGCUGCGAUUUUGUUUUUGUUGUACUAUUACUCCACGUCCGUUUUACAAUACUGGGAGAAACGAGGCGUGAUAGGACCAAAACCUAUCCUAUUUUUGGGCAAUUUUAAGGAUAUGUUUCUUGGAAAGAGCUCAUUCAACGAUUGCAUCGUCAAAGCCUAUUACGAAUUUAAGGAUGAACCACUGAUUGGAGUGUUUAGUGGUCACAUUCCAAUUUUAAUUGUGAGGGAUCCGGAUUUAAUGAAGGAUGUUCUUAUUAAGGAUUUUUCGAAGUUCGUCGAUAGGAUGACAAAACCUAACGAGGUUGAGCCAUUUUCAUUACACCUCUUCAGGCUCGAUGGAAAAAGAUGGAAACCCUUAAGAACCCGAUUUUCACCCGUUUUCAGUUCAGGAAAACUGAAGGAAAUGUUUCACUUGAUCCUGGAAUGUGGGAACCACUUCGAGAAAUACCUGGACACAAUGGUCUCAAAAGAUGGCAAUAAAGAGGCAAUAAUCGACUGUCGUGAUAUUUCUGCAAAAUUCACUACCGAUGUGAUCGGUUCCUGUGCGUUUGGGAUCGAAAUGAACGCGCUGGCAGCUGAGAACAGCGAAUUUCGUGAAAUGGGCAAACGUGUAUUCCAAACGUCUUGGAAAUCUGUCCUUAGGGACAGAUUGCGAGAAUAUCCAUUUCUGUUUAAGAUCUUCGGACGAUUCGUUCUCGAUUAUGAAAUCGUUGACUUUUUCACGAGAAUCACCAAAGAGAGUAUAGAUUAUAGGAUAAAGCAUAAUGUUCAUAGACAUGAUUUCAUUGACGUUCUGGUUGACUUGAAACAAAACCCAGGGAAAAUUGAACUUGAAAAUUUUAGUGACUUGUUCUUGACUGCGCAAGCCUUCGUAUUCUUUGCUGCUGGUUUCGAAACUUCCUCGGUAACGAUCACUAAUGCCUUAUACGAGCUCGCGUUAAAUCCAUCGAUUCAAGAGAAAGUUCGAACAGAAGUUAAGAACGUUCUAAAACGCAAUAAUGGAGAAAUCACGUAUGAUAGUAUAAAGGAAAUGAAAUAUUUGGAUGCGGUAUUUCAAGAAACAUUAAGAAAAUACCCAGUGGUAUUAUGGUUAUCCAGAAAAGCAACAUCAAAUUACACAUUUUCGGGUACAAAAGUGAACAUUGAAAAGGGUCAACUUGUAAUUUUGCCUGUUUUCGCUAUUCAGCGUGAUCCAGAUAUUUUCCCAGACCCGGAAAUCUUUGAUCCUACCCGAUCUACGGAUGAGAAUGCUAAAACCAGACAUCCAAUGUUAUUUUUACCAUUCGGAGAUGGUCCAAGAAAUUGCAUUGGUGCAAGGUUCGCCAAGAUUCAAUCAAAGAUAGCUAUGAUCAAAUUUUUAUCAAAUUUUAAAGUUGAUGUUUGUGAACAAACUGUUAAAACGUACCAAAUAGAUAAAAAGUCAUUAUUACUUUUACAACCAUCACACGAAGUUAAUCUGAGAAUAACAAAAAUUUAGACCUAACAACAUGAAAAGAGGAAUAUAAGCUAGUCAGAGAAUUGUCUUGUUCUGAUUGUCAAAAUUCUGAUUGUGCCAAGGACGAAAUGUAAAAAAAUACAUUUACAGCAAAAACUAUUUCAAAAUUAGUUGAGGAGCAUGGAAAAAUUAUUUUGUGAUUUUUGUACAUUGUUAAUAAAUAAAAGAGAAGUCUUUAUAAUUAUA